AUGUUAAUCCAGCGUCGGCCUAAUGGCCGUCACCUGCGCCAUGUGUGCUGCUGCACUCGCCAGCAGCGCCGUCUGUUGAAUCACUUCAUCUCCCAAAUACCCAACACCAAACAUGACCCCCCACACCCAUCACCACCACCACCAACCGCCCACCUUCCUUCUCCCCCGUCCACCUUCACCCUCGCGGUAAAGGACAACAUCGCAGCAACCUCCCAACCAACAACAUGCGCCUCCUCCUUCCUCGCAACCUACCACUCCCCCUUCGAAGCAACCAUCAUCACCCAACUCCGCGCUCGCGGCGCCCGCCUUAUCGGCAAAACAAACCUCGACGAGUUCGGCAUGGGCAGCCACAGCACACACUCCGCCGCAGGGCCCACGGGGAAGACGGGGGAGACAGCAGUACCAUACUCCGCCGGUGGCAGUUCGGGCGGGAGCGCCGCUGCCGUUGCCGCGGGGGAGGUUGAUCUGGCGCUGGGGACUGACACGGGUGGGUCGGUGCGCCUGCCAGCUGCGUAUUGUGGGGUGGUUGGGUUUAAGCCGUCGUAUGGGAUGGUGUCGCGGUUUGGGGUGGUUCCGUAUGCGAAUUCGCUGGAUACUGUUGGGUUUUUGGCUGCGGCCACGGGGACAGCCACAGGGACCGGGACAGGGGGAGGGACAGGGGGAGGGACAGGGACACGAAGUGGGGUGGAGAGGAUUCGGGAGAUCAUUGUUGGUGAUAAUGAUGGGGAGGGGGGAAAGAAAUGGUUAGCUGGGCUAUGGCAGGAGCAUGACCCGCAAGAUCCGACAAGUCUGUCGGUUGCUGCGAGGACACGGUGUGCGAAACAGCGGGUAGGAUACGGGUCGGGAGACGCCAGCAAGCAGCGGGACCAUGGGGAGGUGCUAAAGGGGCUCAAGUUUGGCCUGCCGCUGGAGUACAACAUUGCUGAGCUAGAGCCGGGGAUACGCGAUGCGUGGGCUGGUGCGGCACGGAUACUACAGGACCGCUACGGCGCCCUGGUAGUACCUGUGUCGCUGCCUACGACCAAGCAGGCACUCGCAGCGUACUAUGUCAUUGCGCCUGCCGAGGCGUCGUCUAACCUCGCCAAAUACGACGGGAUCCGGUACGGACAGCGGGAUACCGAUGCCGCAAGCGAUGCUGCUGGCGGGGUCCUCUACGCAGCGAGCCGCGGCAAGGGGUUCGGGGACGAAGUCAAGCGGCGCAUCUUGCUCGGCUCGUACACGUUGAGCUCUGAGGCCAUGGACAACUAUUUCAUCCGGGCGCAGCGGGUGCGCCGGCUGGUGCGACGGGACUUUAAUCGAGUUUUUGCAUUGGAUAAUCCGUUGCAUGAACGGGAGACAUUUGACCUCACCGAGCUGGACGAGAGCAUCGCUAUGGAGGACAAGUGGGGACCUGAGGAGGUGGACUUUUUAUUAUGUCCGACUGCCCCGACGCUGGCACCCAGGCUCGCCGAUGUCAUGAGCCAGACACCUGUGGAUGCUUAUAUGAAUGAUGUGUUUACAGUCCCUGCGAGCUUGGCAGGUCUGCCAGCCAUUAGCAUACCGAUGUCAGUAUCAUUAGGCUCGGAGGAUGUUCCGACCCCAGGACCGAGGGCAGCGGGUUUGCAACUGAUCGGGCAGUAUUGGGAUGACGCCCGGUUGCUCGCGGUUUCUGAUGCCGUCCUGAAAGCGCUUCAGGUCAGCUAG